AUGACGACUAUCUCGAUAACACUUGAUCCAGAAGAAUCUAGUGAAUAUGUUUUUCGUCCAGGACAAAUUCUCAAAGGAACUGUCGUUUUGUCUUUGUCGAAUGCUAGGAAGUUUAGAGGACUAUCUAUAAGAGUAUUUGGACAGUCCAGAACAGAAUUUCUAAUACAAGGAAGAAGGAGACCAAUUCUUCAAGAGGGAGUUGAAGUCUAUUUAAAUACAAAUAUCUACCUCUUUGGUCGACAAGAUGGGCCAGCAUUUGAAUUAAAGUCAGGAACACAUAAGUACAAAUUUUCAUGUCAGCUUCCAGAGCAACUACCAAAUUCAACAAAUCUUAAGCAUGGAAAUAUUGAAUAUUUUGUUGAAGCAGUGCUUGAAGUGCCAUUCAUGUUUGAUAAGGAAAUCAAAACUCCAUUUUUCGUAGAUUGUGAUGACUUGAAUCACUGUGAGAGCUUAAAAGAACCAAUAAGGCGUGUAGAACUAAGAAAUUUUUCGCAGUAUGAAUCUCUCUGUACAACAGUCAUGCUUCCUUGUUCAGGAUUUGUUGCUGAUCAGAUAGUUCCAAUAACGAUAUUUUAUGAUAAUAACAGUAAUUCCAGCAUAUUGAGAACAAGGAUUACGUUCGUUCAAUCAAUUGAGUUUAGGAACACAGAAAGGUCUGAAACGAACUCAAUGAAAAAUUUUGUACAUGAAAGUUAUGCGGAAGGAGUGAAUGCAAGGAAUCAAAAAUCAGUUGCUACUGAUUUUAGAAUACCUGAUGUUGUCAUUUCCAAUACCAAGUAUUGUGGAAUCAUCUCAGUAAGAUAUACACUAGAAAUUGAGCCUGAAUUAUGCGGUGUUAACGCCAACAUAAAAAUUGAUAUUCCGAUCAUAAUUGGCAAGAUUCCAAUGAAAAUCGUUCCACAAAGACCGCCAUCCUUUCAUGCCUCAGCUCCACCUCAAGAGCAGUUUGAUAAUGAAUUACCUCCCUCUUACGAAGAAUUGAUGAGAUUAAAGCCAUAUUAAUAAUAUUAUAUUCAGUACUUCCAACUGCAUAUUGAGCAUCAUUUAUACAAGCUAAACAUGACACUAAUCACACACGC